CUGAAUUGCGCCGCGUCAGGCCCUAUUCGGCUUCAGGGUGACAUUCACUAAUAACUUUAAGUUAUUAAAAUUCAACAGGGCUUGCUACCCCUUUCUACCCCUUUUGGACGCGUUUAUUUCCUUGUCUACGCUCGCCAUCAUGAAGGUCGCUUGUUUCUGGGUGUCUAUCGCCCUCUCGGUUCCACGGGCUCUGGCUGCUACCUCCACUACCUCUACUGCCGCGGCUCCAACCUGUACAUCUUCCCUCAUCACCAGUCUCUGCAGCUACCCGGAACCUGGCCCAGACUUUGCCGUCGCCAGCGACGGCAAGGCCUUCUGCUGGGACUACUGUAACGACCACUCUCCCUGCAACUUUGUUAUCUUCUCUGCCGGCAACCCCUACACGGGCACCGGCACGUGCUGGCUGUACCCGGGUGAGACCUUCGAUGCGAGCAAAGGCAGCUCGAAGUGCGACAAUCCCAGCCUGUCCGUCUACAGCAAACCCCAGUGUGCUGGCGGGAGCGCAACCACUACUGCCGGCGCCUGCGCCGCCACUGCUACUCCCUCUGCUGUUGCCUCGGUCUGCGGGUACCCGACACCGUCUGAUGGAUGCUUUGACAGCUGCACUGCUAGUACAGGUGCAUCGGACUGUUUGAGUCAGUGUGCAAAGGCCGAUUCCUGCAGCUAUGUCGUCUUUAAUCCGCACAAUCCAAGCAACUCGCCGUAUGCCCCGGGCAGUUGCUGGAUGUAUCCGAACGGCACAUUUAACCCUGAGUCUGUGACCGCUUGUACUGGCGCUCCUGAGCAGUUUGUGUACAACAACUCGUGUCCCAAGCCAUCACCUUCAUCGUCCUCCGUUUCAUCAUCUGCUACGGAGCACUCUGGCACUGCAACUGUAGGUGCAACUCCAGGCUCAACUACUAGCGCUGCUCCAGGCUCUAAUGGCAAAACUGCAGGAAAUACUACGGACUUGACUGCUACCAACAAUAAUUCUGCACCUGCCGGCCUCUCGCUCAGCAAUCCACUCGCUAUAGGCGUGGCAAUCUUAGCAUGGCAGGCCCUUUAAUAAUAUCCUGAAAAUGAUAUAUCAUAUAUUAAUAGACUUCAUGUGACGUCACUUCUCCUCGUGUAUCUCUCGCUACUGUAGAGGCCAUGUUAGGUUAUUCAUCCCAUCCUGCAAAUAAUGGACUAGGGUUCCGAAUAGUAGGAACCACGUUGCUAUCUUGGUCGAUCUAAGAAAGAAGCAGGAGAAUUAUACCUUUGUAAUUACGAACACUAAUAUUUAUUAAUAAUACUAAUGAAAUUAAAUAAAC